AUGGGUUUUGAUAGAGACGAUAAUCCAUACAAAUUAUCACCAAGAUUCAAACACAAAGUCCCAGUUGUUCGUAAUGAAACUGUUGGAUGUAUCCCACUUUUUACCGAUUUAGGUGCCUGUUUAUCACAAAAUGAUUUUGAUGCUUCAAAAUGCUCAAAACAAUUAAAGAGUGUCGAAGAUUGUAAAAGAGAAACUAGAAUUCAAAGACGUAUCUCACCAUUCAACUUCCAUUUCCAUAAUGUCAUUAAAAACAAAUAUAGAAUUCCAAUUGGUAGAUUUUAA